AUGGCACCAGCACAAUCCAAGCCAUGCCACUUUUCCCGCUUGCCAGCUGAGCUCCGCAACGACAUCUAUGAGAUGGUCUUAACACACGACGACUUUGCUCCAUUCAGCUGCUUCGGGUACGAAGUUGGCGCCUGCCGCUCACCCCCGCGGCCCGACCUUCUCUGCAUCAAUCGCCAGAUCCGCGCCGAGGCUAGUGGUGUCUUCUACAGCCGCAGUCUCUUCUUCACUGGGUGCGGCAGGAAGGGCGCUGCUACCACGGUCUUGAUGUUCAUUCGUUGGUCCAGAGGACUGAGUGUCGAAGACCAGAACAAGCCCAAAGUGUUCCGGCUAGAGUUCUUCUACAAUUGUGCUAAGGCGAUCGACGUGUCGAUGGGGAAGGACAUCGUCAAGGUUUUCGAGUGGGCUCUGACAGAUCGGGAGAAGAGCAUGAUCAAGCUGCCAGUCUACGAGGACGAGGAGCGCGUGGCUGAGUCCACGUAUCAGAGUGUCGGAGAAGUCCAGAAGCUCGAGGGUGAUGGCCGGGGAGCUAUCGACGGCAUGACACAGUGGUACCUCAAUUGGUCGAGGAUUGACUUCUACGACCGAUACCAUGGCAUCCCAGAGGCGCCUCCACUUUUCGACAAAACGUGUCCUGACCACUUCAAGCCCUAUCGCAAGAGCGCCGAGGCCAUAGCCAAGGAGCUUCGCUGGGCUGCUGAGGACGCCGAGUUCUCCGAUGAGGAUGACUGGUGA